CCUUUCCUGGGAAGAAAAUAUAAUGACCUGAUCUUCUGUUUACUGCCUAACAUCUCCGUGCUUCAAGAUUUUCUGAUAGUUUGCACUGUUUUCAAACCUAGGAAGCCAGAAAUAGGGCCUUUAAGACGAAUCCUCUUAUCUCAGUCGAAACAAAGACAAUCAGACUUGAGAGCAGACAGUUCAAAAGUUGAUCUUCUCCUUUAGGAACUGCAUCUCCCUGCAACUCCUUUAGGAACUGCAUCUUCGAAUCUCUGUCCCUCUCUCUCUCUCUCUCUCUCUCUUGUCUGUGUGUUUUUGCAGUUCUUGCAGACUAGCUUUCACCAAGAAGCUACAACAACAAAACCCUAGAAAAAGAAGAUCACAAUAACAAUCAGAACUCUCAAAUCUUCGCCAACUUACAUGGAUUUUGCUGCAGCAUCAGGUAACCCUAACUCGCUAAACGUCAUAAGCAGCAGCUUCCCCAUCUGCUCAGUGCCAAUCUCAUUGCCACCUCCUCCUCCAAGCCGAUACGAGAGCCAAAAGCGCCGAGACUGGAACACCUUUUGCCAAUACCUAAGAAACCAUAGGCCUCAAAUCUCACUCUCUCUCUUCAAUUCUGCUCAUGUCCUUGAAUUUCUCCGAUACCUUGACCAAUUCGGCAAGACCAAAAUCCACAACCAAAGUUGCCCUUUCUUCGGUGUCCCGAACCCUCCGGCACCGUGCCCUUGUCCUCUCCGGCAGGCCUGGGGAAGCCUCGACGCUCUCGUCGGACGCCUCCGAGCUGCUUACGAAGAACAUGGUGGCAAGCCUGAAGCAAACCCAUUUGGGGCAAGAGCAGUGAGGCUUUUCCUACAUGAUGUUCGUGAUUUUCAGUCCAAGUCAAGAGGGAUCAGUUACGACAAGAAGCGAAAGAGACAAAAACAGAAAGUAGCACUGCAAGCUCCUGGUGUAACUCAUAGUGUUAAACCCACUAUUGAGUGAUCUACAGCCUCUUCGCACGCAGGUAAACACCUGAUCCUUGCAGACCUACCGUGACGGGUGUUUCCUGCACCGGACAGUCUGGAUUCGGAGAAUGAGUAAGAAAAUAAGAUCGUCCAAUCCACUCUUUCCAGCUUUUACCUUUGUGUCCUCUAUCUUUAGUACUUUCUCUUUUAGAUGAGUGUUAGAGAAUGGAGAGAGAGUUAAUUUUCUUCUCCUUGAAAGAGUAAAGUUUGAGAUUAUGAACAGUGGUAAAAUCAGUAGAAAUCUCUAAUGUGUUAGCAGAAGUAUUUACGGUAGCAGUUGAUAAUGUAUAUGUUUGUAGUUUGUACUAUUAGAUAAUAUCUGAUAAACUACUGCUCUUGUAUAUAUGUACAAAAAAAAUCAAUGUUGUUUGUUCUUAAUAAUGUUCCUAU